CCUCAUCACGCAGCAGGCGCUCUCCGCUUGAGUCGUGUGUGGUUCCUCUGCUCCAUUGUCAGUGUUUUUGUUCUGACAGUGCUGAAGUUUACCCUCUUCCGUGUUGCAAUGGCAAUCAAAAACCAGGAAGCAGGGUUGCAACGUAGUUAGUGUCUAAUAAAUAUUGCGUACAGUGUUUGUGUCGCAGGUUAGCUACAGGGAUCUAAAGUCGAUCGGCGAGCUGUUUAUUACUGCACAAUCACCAAAACAAAGUUUACUGCAGUAUAACAUCUGGACAGGGAAGUACAUUAAUACAAGUUCGUUUUGCAAAAAAAAACUAAAAAUGCAGAACAAGAAUAUUUUAUUUGCAGCCACAUUGUGUGUUUUGAGUUUUUGUUCUCCGCGGGGAAAUUGCGAUUUUCAGAAAGGACCUCUGAAAUCCACAAAGGUUCUCGGUUUCUCGUGGGAGAACUGUGGAAGCGCGAAGGACCCAGCCGUGAUGAAGGCUCUCUCCUUGUCACCGGAUCCUAUUAGUAUCCCUGGUGACCUGAAAGCAAACGCCGCUGGCUCCACGAGCGUCGCGUUCACCUCGCCACUCUCUGUGAAUGUGACUCUGGAAAAGGAGGUGGCUGGGUUCUGGGUGAAGGUCCCCUGUGUGGAUGAGCUUGGGAGCUGCCACUACAGCGAUGCGUGCCAGAUACUGGACACCCUGACCCCCCCCGGGCAGGACUGUCCUGAGCCACUCCACACCUACGGCAUCCCCUGCCGCUGCCCCUUCAAGGCGGGUGAUUACUCCCUGCCUGAUUCAGAUUUCUACCUGCCUAAUGUGGAUCUGCCCUACUGGCUGACGAACGGGAAUUAUAAAGUGGUAGGGGUUCUGGGCAGUGCAGGACAGGAGCUGGGCUGCCUUAAACUCAUCUUCUCCCUCCACUCCGCCUAAUCCUUGGUGCUUGAGGCAGAAGAGAACCAAUCUUGCACUUGCUGUAAUGCAAAUCUUAACCUGAAUCAAAAUCAUUUCUCUUUGAACGAAACCAGGGUCACAGCACUGCAUAAUCUAGCCUAAAACAUAUCAUUUUUUUUUUUUUUACUGCUGUAAAUAAUGUUGUGUUUUGGUUGUUCGACCCUCAAGCUUCUGUCACAUUAAAAGCAGAAUAACCACAUAAAUAAGUGGACCAACUAGGUACAAAUAAAGUCACAGAAUAACUUCAUAAUAAUCCUUGUCAGCCUGAUAUGACAGAUUUACUGUGCUGUUUACAACACAAGGGUGUGUACCAACAACUUGCAUCUUUAUUUUCCAUUCAGAAAUUGUAUUUCAUUGUAUGUAUUCAAUGUGCCCUUUGUAUAUGCUGAGCUGUUUGAAACACAGUUCUAAAACCAAGGCAGUAUCAUUAUAUUGUGCCAGUAGAAGCCAAGGUGAGGGGCUCUGUAUAGAAUUGCUACAGUAUAUAAGCGUUGUCCUUUUGGAUUUAGCGACUGAAGAAAUAUGGACCACUCUGUAUUGCGUGUUCUUGAGAGCAUUUUUAUUUUGGGUAGUUCAGUGCUCUCAAGACACAGCAUUUAUUCACUUCUUACAGUCAUUUGAUUAGUUAAGCUAAUUCUGCUGUGGAUAGUCACAAGGGAACCAAUUCUUUUUUGGUGUUGUAAGCAAUUGAUGUAAACAUCUGUAUGAAUCAUAUUGCAGUGCUGCAAUUCGUUUUGUGUUCAUUUCUCAUUAACAGUUUGCAUUUAUGUAAUUUUUUUUAGAAUUAUUAUUGUUUGUACUAAUAUUUACCUAAAUUGUGCAACGGUUUCAAUAAAAUAUUUCCCUGUGUUGGUGUAGUGCCAUUUC